AUGGCAAACCCACGUCAAAGAUCAAAGGCCAAGUCGCAUAGAUCAACGAAACCAAGUAUACAUCGGAUUCGAAAAUUACAUCAAAAGUCCAGGAGAGCACCACCUUUGAAAGGUCCAGAGGUACUACAACAAGGCUGGGAUAAGAAGAAGACUGUGUUCCAAAAUUACGCAGCUUUAGGUCUUUUACCUUCUAUUCCUAUCCCGAACCAAGCGACUUCAUCUCGAUCACAAAGAGUACAACUUCCAUCAUUACCUGAAGACAUCGAGGAAGCACCCAAAGUGGGAUUUGGGAGAAUCAUAAGGGAUGAAGAUGGGAAUGUUAUUGAUAUCAUCAUUGAUGAAGAUGAGAGUAUUGAACAAGAGGAAACGAAUAUACCUUUCCCCGAAGAUGGAGAAGAAAAGCCAUCAGUAGUCGGUAAGACUGAAGUCGUAAGAAAACUUGAACAAUUAUCAGCCACUUCAGCACCUGUCAAUAGACAUACAUCAACAUCCGAGCGCACUUGGUUACACAACCUAGUGGACAAGUAUGGUGAUGAUACUGAAAGUAUGACAAGAGAUAGGAAACUGAAUGUCUGGCAAAAGACUGAGGGUGAAAUCAAGAGAAUGAUCAAGAAAGCUGGUGGUGUUGAUAAACUUCGGGCUUAA